UCACAUGACAAGGAGUCACGCGCUCGAGAACAAAUGACGCAUGGCAGUUAGCUGCGCGAGCCUUUUUCGUAAUUUUAACCGUUGAGUCGAAAAUGUCUCAGUUAUUUUUAUAGCAAUAAUCUAGUCUCUGCAGAGGACUGCUUUAUUUGCAAGUAUCCGGCUUUAUAUAACGUUAGUGCUUCCACAAAGGCAUUUCUCGUCGAAAGACGCAUUAAAACUACAUUACCCAUGAUUCCUUCUGCGAUAACAAACUCAGGGUUAAAGGGCAAUAACAAGUCAGAGUCGCGUGCUCCUUCGGUUAGUAUGUCUAAAAAUAUUUUACAGAUUUGAGCAUGGCAUCAGACGGAGUAGGAAUAGCCUCAUCAGAGGACCAGCAGGAUGAGGGGACCCACUUGACAGACACGCCCAGGCCAGAGGCAGGGGUCCCUGAAAAAGACACCCUAAAAGCCACAGCAGAGUCAACAGAACGGGGUGAGAACGGAGUCAACGUGUGCCGGUUUUUCCUGAUGGGAAAGUGUCAUUUUGGCCACAGAUGUCGUUUCUCUCACAGUGACCCGUCAAUAGAUGAUUCAGGGGCUGUGUCACCUGACCAGGAUGACAAACAGGAUGGAGAAAAGACGGAAGAACACAAGAAGAAAGUGAACAAAGCAACGAAGCCAAAAUACGAGGCAAAAGAGGUGAACAAGAAGCCUCGCAUGCGCACGGCAGAUGAAGUCAUCUCUCGGAUCCUGUGGGACGCAUUGGCGGACGGGGCAGACUUUGUCGUGGGGUACGUGGAUCGCUUCCUUGGCGUGCUGGAGCGUCCCUUCAACGACUUCAACUGGGACACCGACCCGUGCGACUGUGAUUACUCUUUAGAGCUGGCUCUGCCCAGACACAGGAUCCAGUACUUCACCUACAGAGGGCACCGGGUCUGGGACCGCCAGAGCAGGACUGACAGAGUGUUUGGCUCCACCGGUCAAUCUCUGGCUCCCCCCUUUGGAGGGGAGGGGGAAGUAAAAGAAGAAAUGAACACAGAAGAGCAACAACAAGACCAGCCACCAAUUGAGAGUCUGCACCUGCAGGAAGAGAGUGAAACAGAGGAGUGUGCUCACCCCGAGAACACACAUCUGGAGGAAGAGAAGCCGAGUGAGAUGAAUGCUCACACCCCUGAGUCAAAACCAGCUCCAACGUGCCGAGGAGACACUUCUCAGGAACAACAGGAAUCACGAGGAGCAAGUGUUGCGGAGGAGGCUGCAAUGAGACCCGAGGCUCCAAAAGACCAAAUGUCCUUAUCCCAAAAAGAGGAAGCAAGUGUAAAAGAGGGCGAGGAAGAGAAUGUGGCAGAGUGGGAAGAAAGCUGGGAAGGCAAUAAAGAAGCUCCGAGUUUUUUCCGAGCCCAGAACAAGAGCCAGAAUCCGUCAGCACCUCUGGAGCAGAGAGAGAAACGUGGCGGCGGUCGCCCCGCAAAAAAACGCCCCACGCACUUCAUCACCUUCAGGGCCAACACUCCGGCCAUCCUCUCCUCUUUCCAGCAGUUGCAGGAGGAGAUCACCUCCCUUCUCCCCGCCUCCGCCCCUCACUGGCAGACCGCCGCCAGCCUCCACGUUACCAUGUGCCUCCUGAAUUUGCCCGGCCCCGCUGAGGUAGCCGCCGCCGGGGAGGUCCUCCGACGGUUCGCCCAUUUGGAUCGCAACCCGCCGGUGUCUCUGACCUUCCCCGUGAAGCUGAAGCACUUCAACGGGAGGGUGCUGUACCUGAGCCCCCAGCCGCAGCUUCACCUCCAGCAGCUCAACGGCGGCCUGCAGGAGGCCUACAGCAAGGAGGGCUGGCUCCACAAGGACUCCUACAACCCGCGCUACCAUCUCACACUGGCCAAGGUAGAGGGCUUUGAGAAGGACAGGGUGUUUGAAGGGGUGUGGGACCUGAAGGUGGGGAAGGGUUUAAACUUUGGCCGUCUGCCAGUAAACACCUUGCACCUUUGUGCCAUGGGCUUUUCCGAAGAAGACGGUUUUUAUGAGAUCGUGUGCACGGUAACUCUUCGAUGAUAGAAGAGUGGCUCAUUUCACACGCACGCACUACAUACAUGUAUGUGAAUACACUUGGUGCAAUACCUGUGAGAUUUGCACUAGCCAUGUGGAUUCAUCAAUCAAAUCUCAUGUCUGUAAGUUAUUAACUUAAUUCAUAUAAGGUGCACCUUUAAAGAUAAUCGGAUGAAAUACGUUUUGUAGUAAGGCCUAAAGGGAGUAAAUUAGCAGCAAGCACACUAUUUUAAAUUAUACUAAACUGUGUUAAGAUGCCAAAUGAUACAAUGACCCAACUACCGAAUUGUAAUAUGAUUUUAAACGUAUGUAUUUUCCUUGAAUGAAUGCAAUUUUAUCUGUUAGGGCCUACGUUAUAUCUAUAUGUUAGAUGAGACGUGAAUGGUGUCUGCAUAGAAUAAUAAUAUUGGGAAUUUAUAAUGCAAGUUGAUACAAUACAUCCAGUACUUGCUAAAGUCACAGAUGUUUGAAUAAAAUAAUAUAAAGACUAAAAACAGAUGAACACAAGUAUAUUAAUUGUACUUUAUGUCUAUUUUUCAUGUUAUAGUAACGCAAAGUCUUGUAGGUUGCUUUAGUUGAUUUAAAUUGAAAAAUACACUAAAAAGCCCACAAUGGACAGAGAAAACAAAUUUCAAAAUCAGAACUAAAAUUAUUAGACAAUCUGUUGAUCAGUAGAUUAAUCAAUUCUAGCGUCUCCAUGGUAAGAACACGCUUCUUCACUUUGUCUUGUGUUAUGACUUAUAAGUAAAAUAAAAUAUUUGCUUUUUGUUGUUCGUUAAACUAAAGACGCAAUUUGAAGACAUGGACUUCAGGAUUUUUUACAAUUUUGUUGAUCAGAAUUAAUAGUUUAAUUGAGAAAAUAAUCUGAUUAAUUAAUAAUCACAAUAUACAUUGGUUGAAGCCUUAGUCAAGACUGAUUAAACAUCACAUGCUGUAGAUGCAGGUGAUGUUAAAACAAGUAAAAAGUGUCAAAUCAGGACACAUGGAAAUAGUUGUAAAGGAUUUUUAUCAGCUUUGAACCAUAAAACAACAUUAAACACAAGGUUUUAGUAGACUGUACAUUUUUCCCGCUAUGGGCAAAAUAAGUUGUUUAGGGCCAACUUCUCCGUGCACUUUGAUCGUCACUAUUUUACGACGACGCAGACACGACAUAUGCGACUGCCAUGAAGGCUUAUGUGUGAGACAUGAAUUGUUUAUGAGGGGAUAAGCGUUUUCUAUACAGCUAUGAAUCAACUAUAGUUGUAUUCUGCAGCUCAUUACUCCACAAUUAAUCUGUUUGUAUAAAUAUUGCAUGGAUGGGUGUUCCACAAGAACGAUGACUUUGUAUGCCUUUUUUGCAAUGAAUUAUAACCGCUAAAUUGUGAAGGACAUUAAAUAUUGAAUUGGUUAUUCAAGUGGUGAUAUGUUAUCAGUGAUUGAUGGCCUGGAUGCCACGGAGGCUGCGUAAACGCUCCCUGAACAACUCUUGCAUACAUAAUAUAAUGUUGUCUUCUUUCACACACGCAUACAUACAUAUACAUGUACUAUACAUAGGCUAUAUGAGUCAGUGAGUAUGCUCUCUGGCUCUCCACUGUUUGCUCCCUCGCUCGCAUUAUCUCCCCUGCCUCCCUUCCCCCACUCUCUUUCAGUGACACAGAAAAACUAACGCCGCCCCCUCCCUCUUUGCUCGCUCGCUUCUGCCCCUCUUCCUCCACUGCCAGACAAACACCAUACUCUUUUUACACCAUUAUAUCUCCAAUUUGCAUUUCCCAGUCAAAUCACCCACCGAGCAUCUCCAUCCAUCAGCGUGCUCUCAUCCCUUCUAUCACGUCCUCCUCUGCCUCCUGCCUCCUCACUAAGUCAGUGUUGAUGCUGUU